CCGGUUUUCUGAACCUUGAUCAUGAGAAGGUGUAGAGGGGAGUAGCUAGUGGGGGAAAGAGAUUUUCAAUCGCUAUGGCCAACAACUCGUCGUUUUUGUUUUCCGGCAUUCGUUUUGACAGAAAGAAGUUUGGAAACGACAUUGCCAGGUUCGGGAAGAACAAAACCACUGAUGACGAUACCGCCCUCAAGAUUACAGACCCUGUUGAACUCAAAACCGAGAAAACGACGGGGGAACAAUUCCAACAGAAACCACCUUCUUCGAAGAAGCGGAAGCGCAAGGGAACCUCUUCUGAUGCGGUUGAAGGAUUCAGUGUAUUUAGAAAUUCUGCUUCUGCGGCGGAGCCUGUGGAUAAAUCGAAUGAUGCAGUGAGGGCUGAUGAUGAGGCCAUUCAGCUGAAGAAGGAACACAAUAGGCAACUUGAGCGAGAUGCUAUAUUCAGGAAGAAGAAUAACAUCCAUGUGGCUGGGUAUAACGUGCCAUCCCCGCUUCAAAGUUUUGAUGAAUUGAAAACUAGAUACAAAUGUCCAAGAUAUUUAAUGCGCAAUAUCACAGAACUUGGAUUCAAAGAACCAACUCCAAUCCAGAGGCAGGCUAUUCCAGUACUUUUGCAGGAUCGGGAAUGCUUUGCUUGUGCACCUACUGGCUCUGGAAAAACCUUCGCGUUUGUGUGUCCUAUGCUUAUGAAACUCAAGGGGCCAGAAACAGGUGCCAUUCGCGCUGUUAUACUUUGUCAUACGCGUGAAUUAUCUGCUCAAACAUACCGAGAGUGCAAAAAGCUUGCCAAGGGAAAAAAGUUUCGUAUCAAGUUAAUGACUAAACAUCUUUCUAGAAAUGCUGAUUUUUCAAAAUUUCCAUGUGAUAUACUUAUAUCCACGCCACUUCGGUUACGCUUGGCUAUCCGGAGGAAGAAGGUUGAUCUCAGCAGAGUUGAGUUUCUUGUAUUGGAUGAAUCCGAUAAGCUGUUUGAGCCUGAACUGUUUAAGCAGAUUGAUUCUAUUAUCAAAGCAUGUUCAAAUCCCUCAAUAAUACGCUCACUAUUCAGUGCCACUUUACCUGAUUUUGUUGAGGAUCGAGCUCGAGAACUCAUGCAUGAUGCUGUUCGGGUAAUUAUUGGCAGAAAGAAUAUGGCUUCUGAAACAAUUAAGCAAAAGUUGAUUUUUACUGGAAGUGAAGAAGGAAAACUUCUAGCAAUUCGUCAAAGCUUUGCAGAGAGUCUAAAUCCUCCAGUAUUGCUUUUUGUGCAAAGCAAGGAGCGAGCCAAGGAGCUGUAUGGUGAACUUGCAUUUGACAAUAUUAGAGUGGAUGUCAUCCAUUCUGAUCUGUCUCAAGAACAGAGGGAAAAUGCUGUUGAUAACUUCAGAGCUGGCAAAACAUGGGUUUUGAUUGCCACUGAUGUAGUUGCUCGGGGCAUGGAUUUCAAAGGUGUGAACUGUGUGAUCAAUUAUGAUUUCCCAGAUUCUGCUGCCGCAUAUAUCCACAGGAUUGGUCGAUCUGGCAGAGCAGGGAGGGCAGGAGAAGCAAUUACUUUGUACACGGAGGAAGACAUUCCAUUCUUGCGGAACGUAGCUAAUUUAAUGGCAGCAUCAGGUUGUGAGGUUCCAUCAUGGCUCAUGGACUUACAAAAAAAGAAGUGGAGAAAACACCGGCCAAAAAGAGAUUCAAUCUCAACCAAACCAGAUAUAUAAUCAGAUUACUUUUUUUUUUUGAAACAAAAAAAUGACGGAUAUUUAACAGUAGAGGAAUUUACAGGAAUCUUAGGAGUUAUUCCUCGCCUCAAAAAAUAGAGAAAUUUAAAAUCGAGACAAGUGAGAGGGUGGGGCGUAAACAUUUUUGUUAAUGGAAGUUCACACCUUGAUUUUUGUAAACAGUACUAUAUUGCCUGCAUAUCCAAGUGGAGCCAUGUUGUGUUAUGUUUUUGAAAGGGGAUUUCGAUUUGUCCCUUGCCUUGUGAUCUUAGAUAUAUUUUGCGGGUUCCUUGGAUAU